UCCCAUCCCAAGUCCCAACCCAACCCACUCUCUACUCCACCACCACCCUAAGCUUCUUCCCACCGCCGCCACGCCAUGGGUGCUCAAGUCAUGCCGGAGCAAACCCAUCCGCCACAACCUUCCAUCCACUCCCUCUCCCCCAGGGAUUCCCACCCCACCCCUCUCCCUCCCAGAAGAUUGGAAGGGAAAAUCGCUAUCGUGACGGGUGGCGCCCGGGGGAUAGGCGAGGCGACGGUGCGCCUCUUCGCCCGGCACGGCGCCAAAGUGGUGAUCGCCGACGUGGAGGACAAGCUGGGCGCGGCGCUGGCGGAGUCGCUGUCCGCGUCGGUGUCCUACGUCCACUGCGACGUCAGCUCGGAGGCCGACGUGGAGGACCUCGUGACCUCCACGGUGUCGCGGUACGGGCGGGUGGACGUCAUGUUCAACAACGCCGGGGUCCUUGGGGAACAGACGAAGAGCAGGAAGAGCAUCCUGGAGCUGGACGCGGACGAGUUCGAGCGGGUGAUGCGGGUCAACGUCCGGGGCGCGGCGCUCGGGAUCAAGCACGCGGCUCGCGCCAUGGUGGCGCGUGGAGGGGGGUGCAUCGUGUCGACGGCGAGCGUGGCCGGGGUGAUGGGCGGGAUGGGCCCGCACGCGUACACGGCGUCGAAGCACGCGGUGGUGGGGCUGACGAAGAACGCGGCGUGCGAGCUGGGGAGGUACGGGAUCCGGGUCAACUGCAUUUCGCCCUUCGGGGUGGCCACGUCGAUGCUGGUGGACGCGUGGCGGGGACGCGGUGGUGACGAGGAGGAGGAGGUGGAAUGUGGUGGUGGGUUGGGGGGGACGGUGCCGAGCGAGGAAGAGGUGGAGGAGAUGGAGGCGUUCGUCAGAGGGUUGGCGAAUCUGAAAGGGCCGACAUUGAGGGCAAGGGAUAUAGCGGAGGCGGCGCUUUACUUGGCUUCCGACGAGUCGAGGUACGUCAGCGGGCACAACCUCGUCGUCGACGGCGGAGUUACUGUUACUAGGAAUUGUGUUGGGCUGUAAAUACAAUGUAAUUGUAAUCUAUUGUGGUGGUCAAUUUUGUUUGGUUGGUUGGCGUAUUUGCUUGAUAGUUGAUUCUGUGUGGGUAUGUGAAAGAAAGACGAGAGAAAGUGGUAUUGUCUUUGGUACCAGUUGACUUUUACACGAAGUUGAAAGUUGACAAUUAUUUUUUUUACUGGUGAAAGUUGAAAUGUUGGGAAGAAAGGAAAAUUAACCACCGGCAUUAAGUUUGGAUUAAUUUAAGAAGUAAAUAUUUCGUUUAUUUUCCUUCAAUUUUGUUGUAUUGAAACAUCAAAUAAAUAAGGCAAUUAAUUUAAGGUAAUAACAACAUAGUCCAUUAGAUGAAGGAGGUUUCAAAUGAAUCAUUUGAAUUUUCUGCCGGUGGCUAGCAGUGACCAUUGACCAAUAAUUCAGGUCCUGAAAACUUCGGUACUUCUCCACAUCAGACAAUUAUUUGGGGGAAAAGAAUCAAAGAAUAACCUAAAAACAAAAAGUAUAUUUUAUAUAUAGAAUGAAUAACAGUAUAAGAGUAUGGUAUAAAAUAUAGAAGAUUCUGCAUCAUAUCAGUCUUGGGCUCUUGGCUGGCUUGUAGUAGUGUAUAUGGGUCGGAUCAGGCCGUGGGUUGGUUUUCGAAUUACGUAAUAUCAGAAUCAAGUAAUCAACUCCUUAGUAUGGGCAUAUGUUCACAAAUAAAAAGGUUAUGAUAUGGAACCAAACCAUUACAAAUCAGAUUAAAAAGUACAAAUUGAGGUAAAAACCGACAGACGGAAAAAUGGUCUCUUGUAACCUCAAAAAAGUGUUGCGUAAAGGUUUAAAAGAGUUGCAACAUACUAGCGCAACACUUUUACUAGGGUUGCUUAUAGUGGGGGUUGCAAAAUGAAUAGCCAACUGUUUUUUCAUUUCUCGCAACCAAAAUAAAAAGGGUUGCGUAUUAUUACCUCUUACGCAACACCACAUUAGACAACAUAUUUCGAAGUUUUUGCAACACAUUUUACCAACAUAUGCAACAUCUUUUACAAGUUUUUGCAACAUUGAAAUUUUAUCUGUGCAAGUCCAAAUCGUCACAAAUGACUAACCAAUUGUGACAAAUUUUUUGUAGCUAAUACUAAUAUUUUUGUGAUGGUAUUAUCUUCAAUAGAAAUCCUUUUUGUGACGAGUUAGUGUCGACACAAAAAUAACCAGAGUGACAUAUCUAAUUGUCACGAAUAUUAUUAUUUAUGACCAUAGCUCUAUCACAAAUACAUUCUUUAAAAUACAAUAUAUGAUUCGGGGUCGGGUAGGUGUCACAAAAGUAACUAUUUGUGACCAAUUUCUUAGUCACUCAUAGUAUACUUUUGUGAGAAAGUAAUUGUCACAACUUCAAUGGUAUAUAUGGUAUACAAUAUUGUCAAAAGAGGCAUCUAUUGUUAUGUUUUUGUUGUCACAGAAAAUUUGUUGUAUUAUACGAAUGGUUUUUACCAUAAUACGCAGCAAUGAUAAUAUACUUUGCUAAGAACAAUAUUUCUCCGGAAAAUUAUAGUCCUCACCAUCUAACAAACAACAAAGUAAAUAUGUACAAAACCUAUUAUAAACAUAUGUAACACAAGGGGAAAAAAUGGUAAAAAACUUGUCUAUUGAUCCUAAAAUCCUUCGUUGCCUAUUCAUCGAACACAAGAGUGGUUUCUAUGUCACUUUUUAGAGAGUUGAUGUUGCGCUGCUACAGAACCUUGAAUCCUUUCUAAAAUCCUGAGUGGCUUCCCUCAACAGUUCUUGGGACGGAGCUUUCGAAUCAGUGGCUCCAUUAUCUCUUGGUGCUUACAAGAUUUCAAUCUCCUUCAGCUCCAUCAUCCCUUAGCAGGCAUCUGCGCAACCUUUCUCUUUUGGAGACUUUGGAGGAAGAAAGAAAAAAGAGAGUCCCGCGCAGGGGCGGACCCAGGGGGUUCCAGGGGUGUCCCCGGACACCCCUAAAUUUUGCGAACACGAUUAUCCAAUUCCCGGUGGUUAUUUAUAUACGGACAAAAAAAAUAUAAUUGAUAGUGAGGGACACCGCUGAAAUUUGAAAACAUGAUUAUCCUACUGUCAUUUGUGUUUGUGUAUAGGAAUACAAGUGGUAGAUUGGGUAAUUCAAAUCGAGAACGCUAUUCUUAUUAAUAAACUUAAUUUUCGCUGACCUACAACUCAUUUGUUGUUUAAUUUUGAAAAAUGUAAUAGUAAAAUGUCAUUUCUUAUCUCUAAUUAUUUUAAAAACCUAACAAUUAAACUAAUUUCAAGCUACCCUUAAUACAACAAGUGUUGAAAGAGUCUUUCAGCUUUGGGUUACAUCGAGAACAAGUUUACAAAUCGAAUAUGCGAUAAGUUCGUGAAUGAUUGUCUAGUAGGGUAUAUAGAGACAAUUAUUUUUAACACUAUAGUAACCAAGUGUAUUCUACAAUUAUUUUCGAAUAUAAACCUUUUUUAACCUGUACAAGUAAGGUAUUUUCAAAUUAACAAUUUUAUUUUUAUUAAUUAUUAAUUAUUUUUAUUUAAUUUAUUUUUAAAAGAUGACACCCCUAUAAAAAAUUUCUGGGUCCGCCACUGGUCCCGCGGUAAAUAAUUCCAGGACCAUGGAGUAUAUGAGGAAAGGAGAUCAAACCGUAUAUGGAAAGGGGAAGAGGAGAAAAAGAAAUAAUCAAUGAAAAAUUAAAUAUGAU